AUGUGGCAAGAGGAUUUCAAUGUUUUCAAAGAUGAUCAAACUCCCAAAGGUCCGUCCACACAAGUGAACCGAACGAAACUACCCCGACGAGCAAGAAACUUAAGCGAAGAACAGCUUCAAAAUGCUCUACGUAAGAAAAAGGAAUGUAAUGCCAAGGCACAACGCACGGUAGAAACUUUGAUCGAACCGGGACGCACCGAUGAAGAAUUGCUGACAAUGCUAAAGGAUAUCAACCAGUGCCACAUGCAGGAUAUUAUAGAGGAGCGUGCUAUUGUAAAGCUCUGUGGUUAUCCAUUAUGCGAUAACCCGCUUGCGAACAUACCGAAGCAAAAGUACGUCAUAUCUGUGUCGAAGAACAAGGUGUACGACAUCACGGAGCGAAAGAAUUUUUGCAGCGGUGAUUGCUACAAAGCGUCUCAAUUCAUCAUACAGCAGAUGCUAACGAGUCCCCUUUGGUUGCGCGACCAGGAAGAUAUACCGAAUUUCCGGCUGUUCAAAGGCAGGCAGCUCAUUCACCAGAAAAUCGAUGUAAAGAAACCAUUGAAGCCGGAGGACAUGCUGUUCGCAGAUUUGAAAAUUGUAGAACGAUCGUACACUCCAAAGGAACAGGAAGAAAUACUAGAAAAAGAACUCCAGCAGCAAGAUGAAUGUGCGAUGGAUCAGACAGAACAAUCUGAGGAUGUUGUCGGUGUAGAGGAAGAAUUGGACAGUGUGCUUUCGAAGCUAAACAUUUAA